UCCCUUUUGUUUGCUGCUAUAUCUAUCCCCUCCUCAUUGCCAUUCUCACCAUAAUCACUCUUCCCUCCCACGUUUCCAGAAUGUCUGUCGCCCCAAGUUCUCCAGUCGAUGCUACCAACAUCGAUUUGCAGAAAACGUUGCAGGGGGUUAUCGACAAUCUCCCCGCCAUUGAAGCUCACCACGCUGCUGUAUCCAAGCCAACGGCCCCAGAACACGAGGUUUCGAGUUUCAACCACAAGUAUGCUACCCUCAACGGCUACAAGUAUCAUUACGUCGAGGAGGGAGAUCCCAACAACGAGACGCUGAUCCUCAUCCAUGGAUUCCCUGACUUGUGGUAUGGAUGGCGCUACCAGAUCCGCCACUUGGUCAAGCAGGGCUAUCAUGUCAUUGCGGUCGAUAACCUCGGUUAUGGCGAAACUGACCAUCCAAGAUGCGACGAUGGAAACUACGAUCCGUACCGGACCAAGAAUCUCGCCUCUAACUUGAUCGCUCUGGCAGACCAUCUCAAUCUCGAGAAGGCUGUCUGGAUUGGUCAUGACUGGGGUGCCAACGUUGUUUUAAAGCUUGGUUUGUUUUACCCGGAACGUUGUUUGGCUGUUAUCAACAUCGGAGUCCCCUAUGCGCAGCCCCAGGCAGAGUAUCUUUCGCCAUUUGCGGUCGCAGAGGUGUUUCCCCAAUUUAAGUACUUUGCUGUGUUCCAAACCAAGGAGCCGGAGACCUGGUUCAACGGAGAUGGCAAUAUGUUUUCUACUGCGCUCAUCAGCUCCAUCUACGCACAUGGUACUGGUACAUCAAUUCAGGAGAAGCAAUACUACAUUGACCGCUUUUCGCAUACCACCCUUCAUGGCGGCAUAAACUACUAUCGCGCUACGUUUUUGAACUAUCAGGAUGAACUUCCAUAUGUCGGCAAGCCCUACACAGUCCCUGUGCUUCAGGUCGCUGUGGAGAAGGACCCAAUCCUGACUCCGGAGUUCUGGGCUGUGCAUAAGUUCGACACUCUAGUAAAUUUGGAGGAGGCCAAGAUUCCCGAGGGUGGACACAAUGUCCACACCGAAAAUGCUGAAGGAACCAACAAGGUCUUGACAGAGUACCUGGCAAAGAUGUUUGGAAAGAAAGACCAGCAGCAGCAGGAGCAAACUAAGGUUAAGGAAGAGUAGUCCAGCAGUCGAAAGAGGAUCUCCAGUAGACAGGGAAUAAAUAGCGAGC